AUGGGGUUUGAUGCCGGACAGAUACUUUUGGACAGUGAUAAUGGUGCUUAUUUUGCCGGUCAAACCAUAUUUGGUCGAAUGGUUUUUGAUCAAGGAAAACCUAAAAAUAUUCACGGUAUAUAUAUAAGUUUUAAAGGGUUCUGCAAAGUGCAUUGGACUACAACCGAGACUCGUCGUGUCAAUGAUCGGGAAAUAACUGAGCAUAUAGACCACGAGUCUUAUGAAGAGUAUUUUAACAGGAAGGUGUUCGUGUUUGGCAGUGAAAAUGGCGAUCAUCAGUUGCAGCCAGGUCACCAUGAGUUCAACUUCGACUUUCCCCUUCCGAUCAACAUUCCAUCUUCCUUCGAAGCCGACGAUGGGCACAUCCGGUACCGUGUCAAAGCCGUCAUGGUCACGUCUGGGAUAUUCUCGUCGAAUAAAGAGAAAAUGGCCGCUUUCAGAGUGUUUGUGCCAGUUGAUUUAAAUCUGAACCCUUUCUGUAAGGAACCUCUACACCUGGAGCUAAUAAACUCUUACUGCUGUUGGUGCGCAGCUGCUGGUUCCUCCGAGGUUCGAGUUAAUAUGCCAGUGGGGGGGUACUGUCCCGGUCAGACCAUACCGCUCGAAGUCAAGGUCUCAAACCUUAGUCGUGUAGACAUUGAUGAGAUAAAGAUGACUAUUAAAAGGGAGAUAAGAUUCGAGGCAGUUUCGCGACCUGACGUCCACACAAACACGUACAUAGUGGCUGAAAUCAAGAAAGGCCUUGUGGCGAGCGGCACCACUCCUGAAUGGAACUUGGAGAUGCCCAUCCCAGCCAUGGAGAUAUAUAACUUCGAUGCCUGCAAGUAUAUUGAUGUCAGCUACACUUUCAAGUUGUCAAUAGAAGUCAGCGGUUGCCACGAAGACGCUGAUGAGACUCAACCCAUAAUAUUUGGCAAUAUUCCACUGGUGGGCUUCCAGGAUAAUGUACCCAACCCACAGCAGGACCAAAUGCCCAAAAACAUGCCGGGUCAAAACAUACAAGGCGGCAACUACUAUCCUGCUCCAGCAAUCAUCCACCAACCACAAGCUAUUACGGCUCAGCCUAAUGGCAACUACCAACAAAAUAUUCCUUACCCUGGACAGCAACCUUAUCCAGGGAUCCAGCCUUAUCCCAACCCAGGAAACCAACCUUACCACUAUCCAGGAAACUUACCUUACCCUAACCAAGGAAAUCAGCCAUACCCAAAUCAGCCUUACCCUAAUCAACCUUAUCCCCCACAAGGAAAUCAGCCUUAUCCCAAUCAACCUUACCCUCCGCAAGGAAAUCAGCCUUACCCAAACGUCACCCCCUACAAUAAUAGUGGUUCUCCAUUCCCUGCUGGGAAUCUACCUCAACCGGUCCCUGCUCCUUAUCCUGGUCCAGAGCCUGUGACUAAUCCAGCUGUCACUACAUCUAAUUUAGUCAAAACUGGAAACUUCGGCUUCGUAGUGAGUGGUGAUGGGGCCAGCUCACCGCUUUUGCCGCCGGGAUCCAACACACCCUACCCCACCGGCCCUCCGUCGAGUCCCUACGGAGCACCUUCAGCACCACAACUUUAA